CCCCCCGGCGAGCCUCGGUUCCUGAGAGGCUCAGACGCCUGCCAAUCCCCGCGGGCUGUCAAAACAAGUCUUUCCCUCCCUGUCACAGGCGAGCGGAGUGGAGGCCACCGCCGCACUUCCUGGGGCCGCCGCGCCGCGGUCGGCGGGCAGGUGGCGGGUGGCCCGUCCGCAGUCACCGCUCCGGCCGCACGCGUCCCGGCUCGGGAGGCUCCUGGCCCGGCGCCCGGCGCCUUUUGUCUGCGCCGAGCGGGCGUUUGCAUCACGUCUCCGGUACCUCCCGCUGCUUUUCAGCCUGCUUCUCCCUCCCGCUCGCAUCUUCUCCCCGCCCCCCGCCGCCGGCCCGCGCCGGCCCGCUGACCUCCUGGACCACAGCCCGAGGACGCCUCUGCCCCAGCGAUGUCUCCUCUCCACAAAGUUGCGGCGAUCGCUGCAGCCGCUGUCGGGCGCUGAGACCAAGUCCGGCGGGGCUUUCUCCGGGUGCCUGAGCGCACCCCUGCCGGGGGCUGGACACCGGUGUUGGUCGUGCUGUCUCGCCGGGAGCUUCCGAAACGUGCUUGGCCAUGGCCGAGGGCGCGGCUGGCAGGGAGGUUCCGGUGCCUCUCGACACUGCCGGAGGCGAAGACGACCCCCGAGCCGCCGCUGACGCUGCCUCCGGGGACGCUGCACCCGCGGCCUCGGGUGGCCGGAUGAGGGACCGUCGCAGCGGGGUCGCACUGCCAGGCGCCGCAGGGCCCCCCGGGGACACCGAGGCCGGCCUCCUGGAGGCUGCGCGAGCGACCCCCAGGCGCAGCAGCAUCAUCAAGGAUCCUUCCAACCAAAAAUGUGGCGGCAGGAAGAAGACAGUGUCUUUCAGCAGCAUGCCCUCGGAGAAGAAGAUCAGCAGCGCCAACGACUGCAUCAGCUUCAUGCAGGCCGGCUGCGAGCUGAAGAAAGUGCGGCCCAACUCUCGCAUCUACAACCGAUUCUUCACCCUGGACGUCGACCUCCAGGCGCUACGCUGGGAGCCCUCCAAGAAAGACCUUGAGAAAGCCAAGCUGGAUAUUUCUGCCAUCAAGGAGAUCAGGCUGGGGAAGAACACAGAGACCUUCAGAAACAACGGCCUUGCUGACCAGAUCUGUGAAGACUGCGCCUUCUCCAUCCUCCACGGGGAAAACUACGAGCCUCUGGACCUGGUCGCCAAUUCAGCGGAUGUGGCGAACAUCUGGGUGUCAGGGUUACGGUACCUGGUCUCGCGCAGUAAACAGCCGCUUGAUUUUAUGGAGGGUAACCAGAACACCCCGCGGUUCAUGUGGCUGAAAACUGUGUUUGAAGCGGCAGAUGUCGACGGGAACGGGAUAAUGUUGGAGGACACUUCCGUGGAGCUCAUAAAACAACUCAACCCCACUCUGAAGGAAUCUAAGAUCAGGUUAAAGUUCAAAGAAAUCCAGAAGAGCAAGGAAAAACUGACCACCCGGGUUACAGAGGAGGAAUUUUGCGAAGCUUUUUGUGAACUAUGCACCAGGCCGGAAGUGUAUUUCUUACUGGUGCAGAUAUCGAAGAACAAAGAGUAUCUGGAUGCGGAUGACCUCAUGCUCUUUUUAGAAGCCGAGCAAGGCGUCCCCCACAUCACUGAGGAUAUGUGCUUGGACAUCAUUAGGAGAUACGAGCUUUCGGAAGAGGGCCGCCAGAAAGGGUUUCUGGCAAUCGAUGGCUUUACCCAGUAUUUAUUAUCUCCGGAAUGUGAUAUCUUUGAUCCAGAACAAAAGAAGGUCGCCCAAGAUAUGACCCAACCCUUAUCUCACUACUACAUCAACGCGUCUCACAAUACCUACCUGAUAGAAGACCAGUUCAGGGGGCCGGCCGAUAUCAACGGGUACGUGAGGGCUUUGAAGAUGGGGUGCCGGAGCAUUGAGCUGGACAUAAGCGACGGUUCAGACGACGAGCCCAUCCUUUGCAAUAGGAACAACAUGGCCACGCCCCUUUCCGUCCGGAGUGUUCUGGAGGUGAUAAAUAAGUUUGCCUUCGUCGCUUCCGAGUAUCCUCUCAUUCUCUGCUUGGGGAAUCACUGUUCUCUGCCUCAGCAGAGGGUCAUGGUCCAGCAGAUGAAAAAGGUGUUCGGCAGCAAACUCUACACAGGGGCACCUUUGCCGUCCGAGUCCUACCUCCCGUCACCGGAAAAACUGAAAAAUAGGAUCAUUGUGAAGGGAAAGAAACUGCCUGCAGAGUCGGAUCUGCUGGAAGGGGAAGUGACGGAUGAGGAUGAAGAGGCUGAAAUGUCGCGGAGGAUGUCCGGGGAUUACAACGGUGAGCAGAAGCGCGUCUGGCUCUGCCGGGAGCUCUCUGAUUUGGUAUCCAUCUGUAAAUCUGUCCAGCACAGAGAUUUUGAACUGUCUAUGAAAACCCAGAAUUACUGGGAGAUCUGCUCCUUCAGUGAAACGGAGGCCAGCCGGAUCGCCAACGAAUACCCGGAGGACUUUGUGAACUACAACAAGAGGUUCUUAUCAAGGGUCUACCCUAGCGCCAUGCGGAUAGAUUCCAGUAACCCGAACCCGCAGGACUUCUGGAACUGCGGCUGUCAGAUCGUCGCCAUGAAUUUCCAGACCCCGGGCCCAAUGAUGGACCUCCACACGGGCUGGUUUCUCCAAAACGGAGGGUGCGGCUAUGUCCUGAGGCCGUCGGUCAUGCGAGACGAGGUUUCCUACUUCAGCGCGAACACGAAGGGCAUUGUACCCGGAGUGUCUCCACUGGUCCUUCAUAUCAAGAUCAUCAGCGGUCAGAACUUUCCAAAGCCCAAGGGAGCCUGUGCCAAAGGGGAUGUCAUCGACCCCUAUGUCUGUGUAGAGAUUCAUGGGAUUCCGGCCGACUGCUCCGAGCAAAGGACUAAAACUGUCCAGCAGAACAGCGAUAAUCCCAUUUUUGAUGAAACUUUCGAGUUUCAAGUCAACCUCCCUGAGCUGACCAUGGUCCGCUUUGUGGUUUUGGAUGAUGAUUACAUCGGGGAUGAAUUCAUAGGGCAGUACACGAUACCGUUCGAAUGCCUGCAACCCGGAUACCGGCACGUACCCCUGCGCUCCUUUGUGGGGGAGAUCAUGGAGCACGUGACCCUUUUUGUCCACAUAGCGAUAACCAAUCGCAGCGGAGGAGGAAAAGCCCAGAAGCGCAGCCUUUCUGUGAGGAUGGGCAAGAAAGUUCGGGAAUAUACCAUGCUCAGGAAUAUCGGUCUUAAAACCAUAGACGAUAUAUUCAAAAUAGCCGUCCAUCCCUUACGAGAAGCCAUAGACAUGAGGGAGAACAUGCAGAACGCCAUAGUGUCUGUUAAGGAGCUGUGUGGACUCCCUCCGAUUGCCAGUCUGAAGCAGUGCCUGUUAACCCUGUCCUCUCGUCUCAUCACCAGUGACAGUGCCCCUUCCGUGUCUCUUGUGAUGAAGGACAGCUUUCCUUACCUGGAGCCUCUGGGUGCCCUGCCAGACGUGCAGAAGAAGAUGCUGGCCGCAUACGACCUGAUGAUUCAAGAGAGCCGGGUUGUCAUAGAAACGGCUGACACCAUCCAGGAAAAGAUUGUCCAGUGUCAGAAAGCAGGGAUGGAGUUCCACGAAGAACUUCAUAAUCUGGGGGCCAAGGAAGGCUUGAAAGGAAGGAAGCUCAACAAGGCCAUCGAGAGCUUCGCUUGGAACAUUACUGUGUUGAAGGGGCAAGGAGACCUGCUGAAGAAUGCCAAGAACGAGGCUAUAGAGAACAUGAAACAGAUCCAGCUGGCCUGUUUGUCCUGUGGCCUGAGUAAAGGCCCUGGCGCUGGCCCCGAGGCCAAGGGCAAGCGCAGCCUGGAAGCCAUAGAGGAGAAGGAGAGCGGCGAGGAGAAUGGGAAGCUGUGACCGAGGCCGGGCGCGUGCACACCACAAGGACUCCGCUGUCUCAUUCUUGCCUUUUCGUUUUGUUUUUACAUUCUUCAGAUGUUCACAGAGAUGAUGCCCUCCGUGGGGUGCUGUACAUAAACAUAUAUUUUCACAGUGCCAGUAUUUUUCUGUAGUUAAUUUAUCUAAGCUAAAAUUGUUAGUAGCAGUGUUGUAAACGCUGAGCUGUGUGAGUAGACCCGUGUGUGGCCGCCUGUGUGCACAUGUGUGUGUGCACGUGCGUGCGUGCUUACGUGCGCGUGUGUGAGUAUAUCUAUGUGUGACUGCCAGUGCACAUGUGCACGUGUGUGUGUGUACCUGUGUGUGGCUGCCUUGCACACAUGCGUGUGUGCAUGCGUGAGAAAGAGAGAGAAGUCCUGUUAAAAUAUAUUCUCUGUCGCAUUAUUGGUUUUAGUAAGUUAUUCUUUUAUCUUUAUGAUCAUCUGGAGACAGUUGAUCAUCUGAAGUAACAGUGAGCACUAGUGUAACCCAUCGCUCUGGUUAGUUUUAGCUCUGUCUUUGACAUUUAAUUAAUUUGGGGAUUUUAGCACAGCUUAUUAUUGAAGAAAGCCAAGCGUAUUAAAGCAAGGGUUUUUUUUUUAUAGGUUUUAAAUAUAGAUUUAAAAAUGACAGUGGAAAUUAAAGCAGAUAAAACAAUUUUCAAAUCAGAAUUCUGGGGAAACAAAUUCACUUCUUCGUUCAGCAAAGUCUUUGAAAUAUUUAUUAAAUGAAAUCGAAUUUAGGAUUUAGUCUCUGUAGAUGUUUACUGAGCAUGUGGCUUUGGUAGAAAAGCUGACCACAGUGAAUAAUCGGUAGCCACCAGGCGGUACUCUGAGGCGCACCCAGUGUCUGCGGUGAUGGGACCGUUGAUGGGACAGUAAUGGAGUCAGGUGUGAUAUUUCCAGGUUUGCCUGGCUGGAGUGUGGCGUUCAUUCGCUGUGACUGGAAGCGGGUAGAUGCGCGUGCUUGGCCGGAAUUGGAUUGAGUAUUGGGUACUAAAUUUAAAUCUAAAGACAUUGUGCAAACAAUAUCCUUUCGUCAUGUUGAGCGGACUUGAAUUCUGUAAGUCAGACAUCAUCUUUAUGAUGAUAUAUGUGAUAGCUAAUUUGAUGGCAUGCAUGGGAUAAUCGUAAUGCAUACAGUAAAACCCAUAAAGAAGGAAGUGGCUAAUGAGGGUACAUUUAUAAUUAUAUCUAGAUAAUUUCACCCUACUGUCUUCAUAAACCUCUUAAAUGUAAUGUUCAUUCAUCACCACCAGCAGAACUAGAUGUUCUAUGGUUAUGAAAGAAUAUAUUUAUUUAAAACAUUGCUUUUAUUUUGAAAAGCUUCUUAAUUAAUUUGAUUAACAAAUAUGCUAAUUUGGGGGAGCCUAGAGAAGAUAAUUGUUAAAAUUUUGCAAAUAUGAACAUCCUCUAUAGCUACUGUGUUAUUUCUGACUUCUUAAUACAACUAUGUUCUUGUCACACAUUGCCGAAAGAGUAAAGAUAUGAAAACAUGGCUUUUUUUUUUGUUCUCCUUUCUUGUGAAUUUAUUGAAAAUGUGAAGUUCUUGUUACGUGAAAAUGUUAGCAGGUAUACUGUUUCCACAGACCAGUUAUGAUAAAAUCUCUCACUGGGCUGAAACCAGGCACUUGGGGAGAUGGCUGGGUUCAUCUGAGGACCAAUUUCUAAGAGUGCUGUGGCCGCCUGAAAGAAUCUCUCUGCUGUCUGUUACACUUGACCUGCCGUGAGAGGAAUAAGAGGGAGAGCCAUGUGAUUCUGUAUGAUAAAAGAUAAAUACUACCAACAGAAACGGGAUCAGCCAGCUGGACCUUUCUCUGGGUCUCCAAUCCUGUUUGGAUCAAUCCAUGCCUUGCAGGUAAUAAAGUUGGGUGGCAAAAACACAGAAUACUUAUAUUUUCUUUGCUUUGGGGAUCAAACCUAGUCUUUAGAAGUCGUCCCUAGUUCAUCCUGUCCAUCCUUAAGUUCCAUUCGUACUUAGCAUCUAUCUCCAUCUUCCUGAGAGCAUGCUGGGGAUUCCAUGCCCGUGAUAUUCAUAGGGCCGUUAUCAAUACCUUUUUAUUUAUUCCCUGGGGACCUCUGCUAGUGAGGAAGUAGGGCACAGUUCAGGAAGGAACUUUCUAGCUGCCAAGAGGAUGAUGCCCUUGUGGCAGUAUUGCCUUUGAGUAGACCGAAAUGCACCAGGACGUUUUCUACCGUGUACAAAUGUCUGUCUCCAUCACAGCCUUAAACCACCAUAGAGAAAGCACUUCUACCUUGGUGAAGCGUGAGGUAUCUCAUACUAACCUGUAGUAUUAGGGCACAUAUUUAGAAUGCAGCUCCAGGAUUAUAUUGGGGCAGUAACGUGGCAGUUGAAGGUUCUCCUUCCAGAUCUGUGGCGUCACUAGCCCUACCUGGGUAGUUAGCCAGGUUUCCAGGACCAGGCAUGGUUUCCCUCAUGUCGAAUGGGUAUUAAGCCCUGCCGAGAGCUGAUAGCUGCUUCUAAUCAUGCUAUGGUAGUCAUUGUGGCUCACAGGCAUCAUAGCUGGUUAGGCCUGAUGGGUUAGCCCCUCCUGUGGAAGCUUGCAUGGCUCCUUCUAGUCAAUGAAAACUAGACCUUAUGGAGGAAGGAGGCGUUUAGGUCUAUCCAAGCUCAGGGGUAUUGGGCCCUGGGUCCGAAGUGCAUGGUGUUUUCACCAAUGGGUACUUACCUUCCACCUCUGCGGGGGCAACCACGGCCAAUAGAAACAACUUGUGUUUUGGGGAAUCUCUUGGCAGCCCUGACCAACAAAUCACAAGAGGGCUUCUUCUUGCACCUGGUGUUGGGGCUUUUGUUAGAUGGUCUUUGGUUCUUGGAGCAUUGCCAGGCAAGAUGGGAAAAUUUCAUUAACUAUUUAUGUAUGUGCUUAUAUGGAAAUGCAUGUGUUGUUGAUAUUUUUUAGGCAGAUGGUAGAUAGUAUGAUUCAGUCUGACUUUUCCAGACAUCGUUACUGUUAUUUUGUUCUCCUUCUUCUGUAUUUAUCUCUGUUUCCCCUCCCUAAUGAGAACCUCCCGUUUCUCCGCUUCCUCAUCAGAUGGAUCAUACCCUGCUCUUUCCCUCCCCGCCGCUCUCCAGCCUGCAAAGGUACCCUUUUCCGUCCUUGGUUUCAGGGAGUUCUCAAGAGAGGAAGAAAUAAGUUAUAUUAUUUAUAAAUAUCUCAAGAAUUAAAGGAGAAUUAGGAUUAAAACGGAAGUUAUUUUUUAAUGUAAGUUAAAAUUAAUUUAAUUCAGAAAUGGCUUCUAGUUUUCAGCCAUGGAAUUUAGCAGAAAGAAAAAGAUGAAACCUGCAAAGGAAGGGACAGCAUUGAGUAGGACAAACCAAUGAAACCCGAAGUUGGUUCUCUGGGAAAGACCAAUAGAAUUAUAAGCGUCUUACCAAACAGAGAUGAGGAAAAACGAGAAGGCGCAAAUUACCAAUGCUGAGUGAGAAAGAGGAAUCAUAUUAGAUUAUACUAAUAUUAGGAGGAUAAUAAGGCUGGGUUAUGAAGACAUAGUGCCAAUAAAUUCUACAGCUUCAACAGGACAGAGCAAACUCCUUGAACGACACAGAAUACCAAAUCUGAAAGUAAUUAAGAAUCGAGAAACCAGAGUCAGAUUACACAUCGCAGGUCUUCUCUGUUUUCAGAAAUGUGAUGUAAUGAAGAAUGACAGAAAACCAGUCAAUCAAUCAGUGGUUGCCUGGGAACAGCGAAAAGCAACGAGGGAGCUGAGCUCACCCCUAGGACGUGCUGAAGGCUGAUCAAGGUGUUUCUAACCUUGGUUUGGGGAUAAUUUUAUAAGCCAUAUUUACAUGAAAGCUUCAAUUGUAUACUUGACACUUGCAGAGUUUACUGCAGGGAGCUUUACAUCACCACAGCUCUUUAAAUGCAUAGUAAAGCUAUAUGUUGAUAACACAUUUUCAUUCACGAGCAAUCAUUUCUCUUGCCUGUACCUUUGCAGUUUCUUUGACGGUGGAGAUGUUGCCUCUGUAGCGCUCAGGUUUUCUUUUAUCUUGGAAACCAGUGUAUGUAGAGAGUUAGGCAUUUAAAGUCUGCAUAAGCUUUCUCUUUUGUAUUAUGGCUUUAUUAUUUUUGCAUCUGCACAUAUUUGUGUGUGGAGACUCGUGUGCUCCUGCUCGGCUGUCCUGAUCUUGGGAACAGCAGUCCACAGUCUCAUCAGCACCACACAGCACCGCAUCCUUUCCGUUUCCUCCUCUCCCCUGACGUUGUUCAUCUUUCUCUGUGCCGUAGGAGAGUUUCUUAUGUUCUUCUUUGAGACAGAAGUUCAAUUAAAUCUGUCGAUUUUGAUUUUAAAUGUUUGGUCACAGUUUCAUUUCAUGACGUUUCUUUUACACCCUGUGUUUCGCUGUUUACUCUUGAAGUAUUGCUGGCAGCAUUUUCAACAUGUAACUCUUGGUGUGUCUUCUCCAUACCUGGUGCUGGACCGAAUGCAAAAUUAAAUCACUAAACAGUCCCAGAGAGUCACGUUCUUAUCCUUAUUUUAGAAGAGGGAGCUGAGCCUGAAAGAGCAUUUGGACUCAGGAUUACUGUGUAACAAGUCAUCUCCAAACCCCAAGCCCAUCUAUUUUAUUCAUAGGUAUGCUGUAGAACUCCUAUUUAGGUAGAAACUCAGCAGGGUUCUCAGUUGACCAUCCUGACAUCAGGUGGAAUUGUUUUAAGGGUAGAGAUAGAAACCACCCAGAGACUUCUAUCUCAGCCACGGCUGGUGGUGGAUUCCAGGAAACCGAAAUCCCCUCUAGUCACGUGGUCCCUUUUCUACCAUGUUAUCUCCACUGAAGCAGCCCCAGAAUGGACUCCACUUCUUUCAGUCCUGAUGCAGAAUGGGAAGGUUCUGGAACAGCUUUGGAAACCAUAAAUAUCACUGUUAGCCACUUUGGGAACCUACUGUGUUCAAUAGGCAAAGUAAGCUGUUUUCCUGAGGUUGUGUAAUUGAAGUAGAGUUUAUUCAUAAAAACAGGUUUUAUGUUUUACAGACUAUAAACGAGAUGCUAUCUAAUAUUUUCUCAAAUUCAGAUUUUGACUUUCCAUUCCUUUUGUGCUUCCUUGCCUGCUGGGGCGUGGCCUUGCAUCCUGGCAUAUUCCUUCAUAUUACAAUGUGUUUUCUCAAGAUCCAUUCUGCUUUGCAUCACUGUGAUGUCUUGUCAAAACCUGCUUGAUGCAGACGUAUCUACCAGGACUCACACAGUUCAACUAUGCACGGUCCCUACUUGUUCUACGAUGUCUCCGCUCACUGGAAAGAGAAGCUUUAUUGACGAGAGGUGGUAAAUACACUCAUCUGUGGGUAUCAGGAUAAGAUUUAGACUAUAGUAAGGGAUUAUACUGGUCUAGCAAAGUGGAGGUAGAAGAUUCUUUUCUCCCUAAGGUCCAUGACCUCACUAGCUCAGGGAAGCUGGCUAGGCUUACAGGACUUGGCAUGAUGUUCCCCUUGUGGAGCUGGGCCUGUGUCUGAUUAGAUAACUGUUGGGUACUGGUAACAUGUGAGUGCCAUUUACUGCCCCUGUCUAGAUAUCUUGCCCUACUGGUCGCUGUUGUGGCUUAUGGGAGUCGCAGCUGGUAAGGACUAGUAACUGCUUCCUUCCCUUGGC